AUGGACGAAAGACUGAUUGGAUUGAGAGACGAAAAGGCAGAAAUACUGGAGAAGUCGCGUUUAGAUGAGCAACAACUGAAUAAUCUCACCUAUAUUGCCAAUCAAACACAUCGCGAUCUAGUCGAAGAGGGCACCCGGUGGGCUGAUUCAACUCUCGACUGGAAGGCAAUCCCCACCGAGGAUAUGAACAAGGCUCUCAGGAGGAUAGAAGAUCGAGGGAAGGAUAUUUUGAAGAAUAUUCCGCAAGCGCAACGGGGCGCAAUUGUAAGGAACCGGCUCUAUCAGACACGAAGGAAUUGGCGAGACCAGACUCGAAGACGUCGACAGAAGGACUCGACGGGAGGAGAACCGUCAACCAGCGACAACACAGAUGAAAUGGGUCAAAUCAUUCAGCAAGGGGGGAGGAUCAGAUAA